AUGCUUCCUCGGCCAGACCAAAAUCGCAUCAAUAUUCCCAUCGGGCCUGGUGAUCGUCACGCGGAUGAUUCCACCUUUGAGAAUGUACGAACGCGCCUUCUGAGAAUCGCAUUCACCUUCCAGGGCAGGAAAGCGUCUGCCUCGAAGAAGGCACGAGUGGAGCUGGUGAUAGCGUGGAAGCUGAAGAAUGGUUCUGGUAACGCCAAGUGGGCCAUGCCCGGUGUCCCAGACCAGGUUACCCCUCGAGAGCCACACAACCCCGAAACCCGUGGGGUUCCCCAGAGAGAAGAACACUUCCCCCAGGCCGUUGGGGUUUGGGGGAACGAGGUGUUCAACUUCGUCCUUCUUAUUGCCUUAUAA